GGGAGGCGAACGGGGGAGCUCCGACCGAGGGACGCAGAAGACCAUCGAAGCCGGGCAGGGGUGCCGCGUUGGGAGCUCUGCGCCUUCUGGGUCUGCCUUUCCGCGGAGAGCCAGAAGAAGAAGGUGCGGCCGCCGGCGAGGCUCCCGAGGCCUCGGGUCCAUGCUUGACGGGCACACCAGUCGGGCUGCGAAGAAAUCCACUGGCGCGGCAAUUGGCAAUGGCGUUGUUGCUGCCCCGCACUCUGGGCGAACUUCAGCUCUACCGCGUCCUCCAGAGAGCCAACCUCCUCUCCUACUAUGAAACCUUCAUUCAGCAGGGCGGUGAUGAUGUACAGCAACUGUGUGAAGCUGGUGAGGAAGAAUUCCUGGAGAUCAUGGCUCUGGUUGGCAUGGCGACCAAGCCACUCCAUGUCCGGCGCCUCCAGAAGGCUCUGCGGGAAUGGGCAACCAAUCCUGGUCUCUUCAACCAGCCGGUGCCCUGCAUACCUGUGAACAGCAUACCACUCUUCAAGAUCUCUGAGUCCGGAGGCCACAAGUCACUCACGAAUGGACACACCAGUCCAGUAGAGAUCCCUGGCAAAACCAGUGCCACUUCGCCUUCCAAAAGCCCCUCCGAGCCACAAGAGAAGCUGUCCCCCUUGCCAGCCAUGCAGUGGGGGAACCCUGAGUCUGAAGAAGAAGGAGGAGUAACCUCACCCAGCGAGCCCCUGUCAUCCACUGAGCAUCUCGAUCCAGAGCUGGCCCAUGCAGUGUCCGAGGGGGUGGAUCGUCUGUUGCGCACCUGUCCGCGCAGCGGAGAUGUAGAAUUGAAGACUCUCCUGAAGCUGAAUAAGAAGUUGGCCAAAACAGUGGGGCAUAUCUUCCAGUUGGACAACGGGGACCCUCGGAAGGAAGAAGAGAUCCGGCGUCACAGUGCCAUCUAUGGGCGGGGUGAAACUCGGCGAUGCGAGGGCAAACAGCUCACCCUUCAUGAGCUCACAAUUAAUGAGGCUGCGGCUCAGUUCUGUCUGCGGGACAAUUCACUGCUGUUGCGUCGUGUAGAAUUGUUCUCACUGUCACGUCAGGUGGCUCGGGAGAGCAGCUAUCUAUCUUCACUGAAAGGUUCUAGACUGCGUCCGGAUGAAAAUUGUGGUGGACAAGCUAAGCGCUUCAAGCAGGAGGCUACAGAACACAGUCGCCCUGAGCUUCCUUUGGUCUGUGAACCCUUCCUUCCUCCAUACCGAUCCAGCAUAGAAGAAGACACAGCCAGCUUGUCUGGGGAAAGCUUAGAUGGACAUCCGCAAGCUACUGGGUCUUGUCCUCGGCUUACGCCACCCCCCCACACUGCUUCUGAUGGCCUGCUGAGUCUCCCUCCACAUGGGUUAUGGAGCCGUCACAUUCUACAGCAGACACUGAUGGAUGAAGGGCUGCGAUUGGCCAGGCUGGUGUCCCACGAGCGAGUGGGACGGCUUAGUCCAUGUUUGCAAGGAAAACCCCAGAUGCCUGAGUUUGGGGAAACUCUUCCUGAGCGAUGCCAGCCUCCAGCAGCACAGCCUGAGGCCAGAAGAAACAGCAUUAAGGUGGAACCAGACACCAGCCGGCAGUGAGAAAAAAGGACUGACAUGCUCAGCCAUUAAAGCAAUAAUACUCCAGCCAGCUCUGACCGUUAGAUAGGGGGGCUAUCCUCUGUAUCACCCCCUGCCCCCCAGGGAGGCCUGUGGGACUUCCUUGCAAAAGACAAGCUGUCAUACUAGCACAACCAACUCUUCACCCUGUUCCCUUCAUGAAAUGGGGAGCAUGCUUUGGCUCACAAACCGAAGAGCAUGGACCCACGGACGGGCAAAUGACAUAGGAAGGAAGCCUGCCAUUUUAAUUUAACUCGGCACAGAAGGGGGUGGCU